CUCGCGUGUUUACGUCUCGGUGUUACGGAACAGGAGGUCACUCUUCGCUUUUUGAAGCCCACCGAGGGCUGAUUUUAUUUCAAUGUUUUGGUUUCGAUGUCGGACAACAGAAAAGGUUAAAAUGAAGAGCUGGAGCAGAUGACCACAUGGUUCACUGAAGAGGGACUCGCACCCGAUUCCUCUAAGGAGGCUCAGCUGUGUUUUCUAUGGCGUGCCCUCCAAUGCACAAGGAGUCGUCUGAGCGGUGUGACAUGGGACCUGGACACCCAGCGCUCACAACACUUAGCAGAGAUGACAGAGGUGCGCAAGUCCUUGGAGCAGAUUCGAAUCUUUACAGAGCACAAAGAUGUUUUGGCUCAGGAGAUACAGGAUGAAAACGAUCAACUCAAGGAUCAGCUGCGGCGUCUAAUAUCCCUUCAAGAUUCCCAGAUAAGCGAGGUGGCUAAAAUGCUGUACCAGCAGGGUCUCACAGAGUUGAUCCACAGUAGCCCCAGUGAGCAGGUGGCCUACCUCCUGGUGGAGAGAGCCUCCUUACUUGAGACGAGUGAGAUUCCUGAUAACCUGACAGGUGAUGGAAACACAGCCAGCCUGCUGGGGACCGAAGCGCAAGUGCUGAACACCAAUGCACACCAGACUUCCCACAAGGGGGCACCACGUCAUGGCCAGAGCCCAUGGAAGAGACUGUUUGGACUUCACAAAGCUUCACAAAACAAACACACUUUUAUUCCUGGAACUGUGCAUGGCAGAAGAAAUUCAACAUACUACACCGCUGAUGCAUUUUGUCCCAAAGUCCUUCUCAAGGCUGAGACCCAGCAUUUGGCCGACCAGGCGAGCAGUGUGGGGAGGGAAUGUUCCCGCCUGGAGCGGGACCUGGAGGAGGGUUCACGCAGGCUGGCCAUGGCACACAAUGAGAUCCGGCGUUUGACUGAUGAGCUGGAGUCUGCUCAUUUGACCCAGAGAGCUUAUGAGCCUGAGCUGCAGGCUGCACAGCUAGAGGUGGAACAACUGAGACAGGAAGUAGAAAAACUGAAGAAAUACGAAAUGGCAGAACUACGAAAGGCCAAAGAGAUGAACGAUCGUCUGGACCUUGAGAUCAGAGCCUUGAGGAACAGGGUACGCUGCCUGGAUGCUGAGAAAAGCUCUCUGCAGCAGACGAUGGUGUCUCUGCAGGAGAAGGUGGAGCGACUGGAGUCGGCCAAGCAGGCUGAGCAGGGGCUCCUCAUUGUGCAGGUUCAGGCCACCCAAGCUAAUGAGUUAGCUAAAUCUCAAGCAACAGAGCUGUCACAGAGCAACCAGACCUGCAGAAAUUUACAGGAGGAACUCAACGCUCAGAUGAGAUUUCUUUUAGAAAAGGAGGAAACUGUUGUAUCUCUGCAGAGGGAGGUGGAGCGGCUGGAGUCAGCCCUCCAUGAGCAGCAGCAGCAGCAGCAGCACGCUGAGCAGCAGCUCCUGACCUUGCAGGUUCAGGCCAACCAAGCUAAAUCCAAGGCAGCGGAUUUGAUUCGGAGCAAUGACAUUUGCAGAGAUUUACAAAAUAAACUCAGCAGUCAAACAAGACGCCUUUUGGAGAAGGACUCAGAAAUACACUCCUUGAAGCAGCAGCUAGAUAAUUCUCAUAAAGAUCUGCAUAAACUUAUAGCUACCAUCUGCACCAAAGAAAACCAGCUUCAGGAUCAAAAGCUGUGGGAGCAAAAAGAGGCAGAUUCACAACAUUGUGAAGACAGUCACUGUCAGUUAAAAGACUCAUUUGCAUCAGAGGAUAAAGAACAACAGACUCAACAGCAGCUGCUGCAGAGCAAGGAGUGUCCGGAUUAUCAAGAAGCAGUGAACACUCUGUUGGCUACCCAAGACCAGUGUGAAACACUCAAGAAGGAGGUCUGUGAAACCCUUAAAUGCCUCGACAGAGAGCGAAGUAAAUACCACGAAAUGAAGGAAAAGCACAAGUUAAAACUGUGUCGAGCCAAACAGAAAUUUGACGAUGAAACCGCCUGGCGUGAUGAGAAGAUAAACAAUCUCGAGCGAGAACUGUCCUUGUGUUCCCACUCAUUAGCAAAGGAAAAAGACCUCACCAUAAGUAUAACUGUGGAAAAUGACAAACUACUAGUUGAGAGGAGAAGGCUGCUACAACAGCUAAAUGAGGAGGAGCACAACAAAAAGGACAGUAAUCUAACAGCUACUUUGUCCAAAUGCAGGGUGGAUUUUCUAGAGCUGGAAAACAAGAAACUAGGAAACAAAAUACUUCACAUGUCCAAUCAGCUCGCUGUCCUGGAACGCAGCCUGCAAAACAUGCAGUCACUUCACUUUGCAGAAGUUCCGUGCACAGACCUGAAGAAAAAAUCUAAUCCUAUACAGGUUUUUACAUCUCUCCCUGUGCCAACUACAAGUGAGACUAUGCCUGAACCUUCAGAAAUUCAGGGCGAAUCGGACAGUACACAGAGCAAGCAGACGGACGUGACUUCUUCACCUCACUGUUUCAGCUCCGGGUCCCUGUCUCGAUCAGCAGAGAUGGGCUACCUGAAUCUGACCUCUGCUCAGAGCCGCUCGGACUACUCAGCUCACCCGGCUACCCUCAGCAGAUCAUCAGCAGACAGUACGUGUUGUUGAGAUUCUGCAACAUAAAUAUAUUGUACAGAAACAAUUGUAUUUGUAAGUAACUUAAAUUAAACAAAAUAACUUUGCACAGCA